CGUAUCCUGCUACGUCGGAGUUCUAAACUUCCUGCAUCCAGCGCUCGUUCCUGUGGCAGCAGUCGAUGCUUUGGUUGGCUCACUGCCUGUCAUAAUCGUUAGAAAUCAGAGGUGUGUUUCUGUAUGGGACAUGUGGACAUAUUUGUGGAUAAACAUGACGUGAUCUGUUUGAAUGACAACAGACCGGUUUGGUUUGGGAGGGCACGCGGAUCCGGUGUUGUGCAGAUUUUAGCUGUGACCGACUCUUCUUCUUCUUCUCAACCUAUCUGCUGCUGUCAGUCAUACAACUACAGAAUAACAUGACAUACUAGUAUCGUUUUCAUUCAAAAAAGCGAGUACUAGGCGGCGGCUAUUCUAAUAUUUUUGUUUUGCGGUGACGUCAUACACUUAAGCGGAUGACUUUAAACUAACGUUAGUCGCGAUGUCAGAUUAACUAACUUGACAGCGUUUAUAAAACAUCAUAGCGUAGAGGUAAGUUCCUGUAUUUUAUGUGUUUGUUGACGUAAUGAAUCUAGGUGUGUGGAGUCACGGAUGGCGUCAUGAGCAGUCGUACCAAAAAGACACGAUUCCGUGCUUCCGGAAACAGGCUGUCGUUGUCCAAUAGAGACUGGGGUAAUGAUGGUCUCUUUGGACUCUAUGAUGAGACCAUUGGUAGAGAAGUCAAUGACGUACAGUCGCCCAUGGACUGUCAAAACCCUUCAUCACAGGAAAGUAUGACUCUGAGACUCAUGGACCCUAUAAAUCAAAACGGUCUUGAUCCAGACCAGAUCACAAUUUCAAACCAUCUGGACUCCAGUGAAGCUUCUGCUUCUGAUGAGCUUCAUAUCAGCAAUACAGAUUACAGUGAAAGCCCUGUCUCGCACUACAUCCACGAGAGUCAUCUUGACCACAGCAUGGCUCCUCUGCAAGAGAACCAGUCCAACAGACACCGCUUUGAUAUGACCUCAGAACUGGGACCUGAGGAAGUCAGAUGGUUUUACAAGGAGGACAAAAAAACCUGGAAGCCUUUCGUGGGACACGAUUCACUCCAAAUAGAAAUCAUGUACCGCAGGUUCUGUGAGCAAACACAGGAGGAGCGCAUUGGAGAUGAGAUGCUCGGGGAUUUGAUUAAUGGAGAUGAACAGGAGCCCACAGAGAAGACGACUGAAAACAUUGACAUUGAUGCAGUAUGUGUCCGGGGAGGACUGUAUGAAGUAGACGUGAGAAAUAAAGAGUGCUCUCCAGUCUACUGGAAUCAACAAGAUCGUAUCCCUGUCAUGAGAGGUCAGUGGUUCACCGAAGGCACGUGGACACCCGUGGAGGAAGAUGAGAGUGAUCUCAUCGAGAAAGAGCACCUGGCUUGUUUCCAAGGGCAACAGAUUCAGGAUGCUUUUGAGAUUGACACGUUGGCCAAGACAGUGGACAGACAAGAUGUUCUGUCCCAUUUCCCCCCAUUUUACCUCCCCUUUCUGUUCAAAUGGAGCGGAGAUCAGACGGGUGCUAAAAGUCACAAGAGAAAGAGAUGUCAAGCCAUUCACAGCCUGCAGCUGAGCCACACUCAUGUUGACUGGUACAGCAUUGAUGAGGUGUAUCUGUAUAGUGAUGCCACUACAUCUAAGAUUGCUCGCACCGUCACACAGAAGUUGGGUUUCUCUAAAGCCUCCAGCAGUGGGACCCGUCUGCAUCGUGGAUAUGUAGAAGAGGCAUCACUGGAUGAUAAACCUCCUCAGACCACACACAUUGUGUUUGUAGUUCAUGGCAUUGGUCAGAAGAUGGACAAAGAUCGAAUUAUCAAGAACACGGGCAUGUUGCGUGAGACUGUGAGGAAGAUGGAGGAGAAACAUUUUGCAGAGCAAACGCAGGAGCAUGUGGAGUUUUUGCCGGUCGAGUGGCGAUCUAAACUGACUUUAGACGGAGAUACAGUGGAGUCUAUCACACCAGAUAAAGUGAGAGGUCUGAGAGAUCUCCUCAACAGCAGUGCCAUGGACAUCAUGUACUACACCAGCCCGCUUUACAGAGACGAGAUCACCAGAGGUUUAACACAGGAACUGAACCGCCUUUACUCUCUCUUCUGUUCACGUAACCCUGAGUUUGAGACGAGAGGUGGAAAAGUGUCCAUCAUUUCUCACUCGCUGGGCUGUGUCAUCACCUUUGACAUCAUGACAGGCUGGGAUCCAGUGAGCUUCAGCUUACGGGAAUAUCACGAGCAGCUGCAGGGGGAAGAUCUUUCCUGGGACAAUCAUGAACAGCGACACCUGCUGGAGGAACUGCAGAUUACUAGACAGAGGUUACAAGAAGUACAAGCUCAGCUUGAUGGACUGAAAGCCUCAAACCUCUCACCGUCCCCUACAUUAAAGUUUAAGGUGGAGAAUUUCUUCUGCAUGGGUUCACCUUUGGCCGUGUUUCUGGCUUUAAGAGGAAUUCGACCCGGGAACACAGGACUUCAGGAACACAUCAUGCCCAAAUCCAUCUGCCAGCGUCUUUUUAACAUCUUCCAUCCUACAGAUCCUGUGGCUUAUCGACUCGAGCCUCUUGUUUUAAAGCACUACAGCAAUAUCUCUCCGGUCCAAAUACACUGGUUUAACACAGUCAACCCCACACCAUAUGAUGAGGUCAGACCCACAUAUUUAAACCCAAGUAAGGAUGUCGCGUCUGAAACGGAGAACGUCUCCAGCACCAGCACUUCACCUGUAUUAGCCAGAGGAGGAUACUAUGGAGAGUCCAUCACCAACCUGGGCAAAGCCAGCAUAAUGGGUGCUGCGAGUUUCGGAAAGGGCAUUGGAGGGAUUUUAUUCUCUCGAUUCUCUCACUCGCCCACUUUGCCGUCAGCAGUGGAUUCUGGGGUGUGUGAGAGCGAAGAGACUCCAAACAUGAAUGCACUUCCAUCCAUAUCUCCAUCAACAUCAUCUUCUCUCGUGUUGGAUACAGCAGUGGAGAUGGAGCACCGCAUUGACUUUGAACUACGGGAAGGAUUGGUGGAGAGCCGCUAUUGGUCAGCUGUGACCUCACACACGGCCUAUUGGUCCUCUCCUGAUGUCGCUCUGUUCUUACUCACCUUCAUAUACAGACAUGAGAGCUCGUCCCAGACAGAGAAUACUGACUCUUCGUAAGAUGAACAGCUUUCACAAACACUCCUGAUGAGACAUAGAUGCAGGAACUCGUCUCUUUCGGUUUGGGUCUCUAGGACACUUUAAGAACACUUGGUGUCUGUUGGCACAGUAGUGUCCCCAUACAUACGGCUGAAGUAAAAAAGGCUCAAAUCCAAAGAUACACAUGGACGGCUGUGUGCUGCAUAACACUUGCACAAUUUUGGACCGGUUGUGUAUUUCUGCACUUCUAGGGGCUAAAGAUGUUUUCCUACAGUUCUAUGCCCUAAUAAAUGCUGGCACUUAUUUUCAUGUGCACAUGAAGAUAUUUUUUUAAACAAUUUUGUUUUUCUAAAAAAUAUAUGAUUAAUGUCUAUUUAUUGGAGUGGCGUAUGCAAUGUGGGCAAGAUACCAGUAAAUAAUCCUUAUUGUUAAAACAAUUGUAUUUUAUGAGCGGUACUUCAGCAUUUAUCACUGAAUGCACUCGUAGUGACAUUAUUGAACUUUAUUUUUUAUUUGAUUAAUGAAGUGGACACGGCUAUGAAUACAUAAUGAAUGACUGAGCAGAUAUUUUCAAAUCAAAUCCUGUUAAGUGUUUGUGGGGAAAUUGUGUUGAUCAACUGUUGACUAUAUGAGUUAAUCUUAUGAAACCUCAUUUUAAAAUUAGUUUUAUUUCAGUUACAAUUGUUGAAAUGCAAAGACAGUAUGUUAGUUACAUUUUAAAAUAGUUAUGCUGCCUUUGUGCUGAUUAUAAGACAUACAAGAAGAAAAGAAAACGUAAAAAUUAAUCUGAACGCAUCACAACAUUGAGAGUACGUGACCCUCCCUGCGAAAACCCAGCUUUCAGUUUAUUGUUGCGAUUUACUUUUUUCUACAUUAAAUCCUUCUACAUUAUGUGGAAAAUUAUCUUAAUAUCUUUAAUAUUAAAGAAGAUCAUGCACUGUAAAAAAAAUUCAGCAUUUUUUGUUAAAUCAACAUAUAUUUUUAUGUUACCUUUAAAAAUUUCUACUUGUUUUUAUAAGUUCUGUUCAACUUAUCACAGGUCAAAACUUCAAAUCGUAGGUUGAAUUGAAUUGAACCAAGGUUUUUUUUAACUUCAGGAUGCAUUUUUUACAUUAAUUAAUAAUUAAAAUCAAACUUUGAUCUCACGAUUCGAUUGAGAUUUUAGUCUGGAUUUCACAGACAGAGUCACAUGUAGCAUCAGCGUGUGCUUAAAUGUCUUAAUGUUGCAAAGCAAAAAGGUCAUACAUUUUUAUGUUUUUGGGAUUAAAUGUGACCUGGACGUCUUCUUUAGCUUGAUACUGUAGCUAGCAUUUACAGUAUAAACAAAUUGCUAUGAAUUCUUAGAUUGCAGCAUGAUCAUAUGGUUCAUCAUUUUUAUGUUUCCUUACGGCUUAAAACUGUCCUUGUAGUUUGUUGCUUCUGUUUGUCAGGUCAUAUUUAUUGAUAUGUGUUAAUGCUGCUGAUUUGAUAUAUUCUGUACUUUGAAAGAUCUCAGAAGUAAUGGUUAAAAAGUUAGUCUCAUUAAACUAGACUUGCUUCUCA